AUGAGCAACGUAAAAGUCGUCUCUGAAACACAUUCCCUGGACAAGGAGAAAAGAAAUGAACAGGAACCGCUCGACACUGUUUUAGAAGUAAACGAGACCGUUGGAAGUGAAAUAUUCAAUCGGCCAAAAGAAGAAAAUGACAUCGAAGAGAUCCCACCGAAAAUCUUCGGUUUAAAAGAUAUUUUCGAACCUAUGACUAUUGAAUCAUUAAAUAAUGCAAUUUACGAAUUGGGAGUGAUAAAUUUGUGUUGGCCAGACAUAUCUGAUCCUGUCUUUGAGACAAGAACAUGUUUUCCCAAGAGCUAUUACACGAAUACUAACAAAGAGAGGCUUAUUUUGUCGUAUGCAGAAAAUUUUAGACGGCAAUUUCAAUUUCAUUAUAAAUUGCGUAAACCACUUUUGCUGCAAGCGCCCAACGAAUGUGGAUUGCAGGUGGGUUGUAAUCUUCGUGGCUAG